AUGGGUCAAUGCGAAUAUUCCAAUCCUGCAACAUGUGAAUGCGCAACACAGGCCAGUUUACCAGGAAUCCUCUUGAUGUCAUUCACAAUUGGAUGGAUGCUAUGGCCACUCUAUGUCAUUAUCAGCAAUAUACAGGUUUUGAUCUAUCCGGGCCUAGACAUUGCACAAAACCCACCAGCAUACUUUACCAACAUUCUGCAAUGUCAGUACGAAUUGAUUGAUUGGAUCUUUACACGAGCACAUCUGCCAUAUCGUAUGGAAGUUGUACGAGCAUUGACUCAAAUACGAUACACACCUGUCAACACCACACCAUAUGAUACCAUCGAAUCGUCUAAAGCAAUUCCUUAUGAAAUUCAGCACAUGAUACUCCGCAUUGUCAAUGCUGACUUGGAAGUCCGGAAAAACAAGUACACAUCUCGACUGCUUUUACCAACCAUACCCACCCCAACCAAGAAACUCCAUGAUUCAAUCCAGAUUUGGUUGCAGCCUCUUGCCAUGGUAAUGGGAUUCAAUGAAAAUCCAUUUGGAAUCAACCCAUACUAUACAAUCAUGGGUGGGAAACAAGACGUUUGGAUUGCCAUGUUUUCAAGGGAUUUGGCCCUGUUGAGUUUUUCAAUUAUUAUGCGGGCCAGUUGUAUAAUGGUGCUGUAUCGAUGUAUUCGACCAUGUAUUGCAGUAUCCCAAAAUGCCAUUGUAGAUGGAGUGAAUAUUGAAUUUUGA